AAAAGCGACAAAGGGGCGACGACAUACUACACGGGCGCAUACCACGCAGUUGCUGGCACUUGGCGCUUAGCCUGGCGCAAUGCCUCCCACUUGUGAGUAUACGAGUCCCACGGGCCUAGCGACGUUGCCAACUGAACGAAAAUAGUCUGUCCUUACUGUUGCAACUGUCUGACCAUUGCAAGAGCUCCUGGUACCAGAGAGCACCCGCAAGGUCUGAACGCCUUUACAUGCCGGACAUGCCCCUACCAAUUUGUUCUCGAUCAGCCCUACUACGAGCGAACGCACAUGAAGCAGAAGCAGAAGGAUGACAUUCUAGGCGAGGAGCAGUCUGAUUUGCCAGUCAAUGAAGUGCCUGGUGGAUGUCCCAACGAGACAUGCGAUUCCAAGAAAGCCUACUUCUACCAAUUGCAGACGAGAAGCGCAGACGAGCCUCCAACCUCUUUCUUCAAGGUAUGCCGCCCUUGUUACGGAAUCUGCCCAGCAGCUGAUAUUGUACAGUGUGUCGAAUGCGGAAAGCAGUGGAGAGAAUACUGAGAAUCUCGACAUCUGCUCUUUUUACCUGGAUACACCCGUCAUCUUUACAGCAGCUCAGGUGAACCUUCUCCGAUUGUUGGGAGAAACAUGCAUGAAAGCGCAGGACUGUACUGUUCUAGGCGCUAUCGAGCAACACCUCCGCCGUUCACGAUCGGACUUCCUCGCAAAUGGUCGCUGCUGGAAUCGUUUGGGGGCAUCAGGAAAACUGGAAGAAAGUCGAGUCAUAGAUUGAGACACAUGCAUUAGGCCCCAAAAGGCUAUCAGGCACUCAGGACAAGACACUACAUUUGGUUGGGGCGGAAAGAGGGAUUGAGUCAAACCCUCUGAUGAGUGGUUCGAGAUGGCAUGAUCGCAGGGAUGUUGGGCUGCAUCAUCUGAUGACACUUUAGUCUGAGAUGGAAAGCACACCUCUUGGGUGCCUCUCAUUGAACAUGAAAUUGAAUCAGCGGAAGACACUUUGAUAGAAGCUCUAGACUGUACGGCAUUGCCGCGCAGACUUUUUGCAAGGUGGAUAUUGUAGGUGUAAUCGCCACAAUUAUAACAGCCUUGAACGAGAAAA